AUGUUCAUUAGAAUAACAGCAGUGUCGGCUGACCACUUGGGUCCACUGAACUGGUACAAGAACUUCCCAUUUGCCCAGGGAGACCAUCAGUCGCCUAUCAACAUCGUUCCUGCCGAGGCAGUCUACAAUGCUGAACUGCAGCCGCUCAGCGUAGCCUACAGUGGCUGCUCCUCCAUGUCCAUUUGCAACACCGGGCACUCGGUUGCGGUGGAGUUCGAGGACUGCAACGAUAAGACAGUGAUCAGCGGUGGCCCCUUGGAGCAGCCCUACAAACUGAAGCAGUUCCAUUUCCACUGGGGGCAGAAGGAUGACCAACGAGGCUCCGAGCACACCAUCAACGGCAGGUCCUACUCAGGAGAGCUUCAUCUGGUGCACUGGAACUCCACAAAGUAUCACACGUUUGGAGAGGCGGUGGUGGAAGCUGAUGGGUUGGCAGUGAUCGCUGUGUUCCUGGAGACCGGCAACAGGCAUGCCCACCUGCACAGGUUGACGGAUGCCCUGUACAUGGUGAAAUUCAAGGAAACACAGGCCCAGUUUAAGGAAUUUAACCCACAAUGCCUACUGCCAAAGUGCAGGGAUUACUGGACGUACGCGGGCUCUCUCACUACCCCUCCGCUCCACGAGAGUGUGACCUGGAUUGUCUUCCGGGAACCCAUUCCUGUGUCUGAGAAGCAGAAAGCAAGCCCCCUCAGGUUCAGGAGUCAGGGACAAGGAGCCGUCAAUUUGAAACUCUCGACGGAGAGGAUGGAUAAGUUCCGGAUGCUGCUCUUCUCUGGAGAGACCGAGUCGCAGAAGUUGCAUAUGGUGGACAACUACCGGCCCCCACAACCCCUCAAAGGCAGGACUGUCUUCGCCUCCUUCCAGUCAUAGCGCAGUCUUCUCAUCAGCCCCGGGUUAAAACCCAUCAAUCCGCCUACGGACUGAGCAGCAGCCCAGGACCUGGAGAGGAACUGGCUUGUAACCUAUCUUUACAACCCCUCGUUAUAUCGUCCGCCUCAGUGGUGUCACUCUCAAACUUCCAAGUACAUUUAUUAUCCAUGUUUCCA